GAUUGAAUUAUCCGCAAGCGGAGAGGAGCGAGCAGCGUACGCUGCGUCAUAAAUAAGCCGCAUUGCGUGCGCGAGUAUCUCGCAAAGGCAGAAAGUCACGGCGCGUGCGAGUUAAAAACGCGCUGCUUCAUCCGCAUGCCUAAACGACUUAGGAAGCCCCAGCGAGUCUAUCACGCGUCAGCAUUAGUCCACCCGAUAUAUAUAAGUCCUCGACCCAGUCGCUCGACGGUCCAGUAGUCUUCUGAACGAAAGAAAGUAAGCAGCAACCACCUCAGCAUGGUGGCGAAUUUCAAGGUCUACAAGAAGUGUUCGCCCAACGCGAAGAUCGCGGUUUACUUGGGCAAGCGCGACUUCAUCGACUACUUGUCGGGCACCGAGCCGGUGGACGGGGUAAUCCUGAUAAGUCAGGAUUACGCAGACAGCGGCAGGAAAGUAUGGUGCCAGCUGGUAUGCAGCUUCCGUUAUGGCCGUGAGGAGGACGAAGUGAUGGGGUUGAACUUCCAAAAGGAUCUCUACCUGGCGUCGGAACAGAUUUUCCCGCAGAUUAAAAAGCCCGAGUUCAACCUCACCAAGUUGCAGGACAGGUUGCUGAAGAAACUGGGCUCGAACGCGGUACCCUUCACCUUCACCUUCCCGCAAAGCGCGCCGUCCAGCGUGACCCUUCAGCCCGGGCCGAACGAGACCGGCGAUCCUUGCGGCGUCAACUACUACGUGAAGGUGUACUGCGGCGAGACGGAGACCGACCUGACCCACAAGCGCAGCACCGUCACCAUGGGCAUCCGGAAGAUCCAGUACGCGCCCACUAAGCAGGGUCGCCAGCCGUGCACCGUGGUGCGCAAGGACUUCCUCCUGAGCCCGGGUGAGCUCGAGCUCGAGGUCACGUUGGACAAGCAGCUGUACCACCACAACGAGACGAUCGCGGUCAACGUGUGCGUGCGCAACAACAGCAACAAGGUGGUGAAGAAAAUCAAGGCGCUGGUGCAGCAGGGCAUCGACGUGGUGAUCUUCCAGAACGGCCAGUUCCGGACGGUGAUCGCCGCGGUCGAGACGCAGGACGGCUGCCCCAUCAAUCCCGGCUCGAACCUGCAGAAGGUGCUAUACCUCAAGCCGGACAUGGAGAGCAACAGGCAACGCCGCGGCAUCGCCUUGGACGGCACGAUGAAGAGGGAGGAGGGCGAGCUCGCGUCCAGCACCCUGCUCACCUCGCCGGACGUGCGCGAUUCCUUCGGCAUCGUCGUCUCCUACGCGGUCAAGGUCAAGCUUUACCUGGGCGCGUUGGGCGGCGAGCUGUCGGCCGAGCUGCCGUUCAUCCUCAUGAGAACCAACCCGGCUGAGCGGGUCAAGCUCAUGCCCAUGGACAGCGUGAUGAUCGAGGAGGACAUCCCGCAAGGGAAAGAGGAGAAAGUCAGCUCUUAGAUUAAUCGAGCUCCUAGGAUUAACUGAGCUCUUAGAUUAUCUAACUGGAUCCUCGAAGGAUCUUUCUCGGGUUCGGGUCGUCUUCGCGGCUUCGAGUCGCUCACGAUCCGUUGGCUCGCGUAUCGAACACCUCAGGGACACUUGCGAAGACUUGUUUUGCUGCAAGGCUUUUGGAACACGCUUCUGGAAUGCGUCCACUGGAAGUUACCACCGAGCUGUCUAAAUCGCGCCCGAGUAUGUCGAUCGUUCUCACACACAUUGUUGACCGGCCGUUUCCAACACUGCUCGCGCCUUUUGCUCCCGCUCUUGCCUUGCCUCGUCAUUGCCAGCCAUUCGGGACCAUUCGCGAAUUGGCCGAUAGUAUACCGAGUUUCCACAUGGUCGAUCAGCAAUGUGUUGAGUACCCUCUCAGGAUUCACCUGGCGUUAUGACACGUCCUAUGAUACAUCGACGUUUCGUACAGCGUACACCGCUCUCUCUCUCUCUCUCUCUCUCUCUCUCCCCCUCUCUCUCUCUCUCUCUCUCCCCCCCCUCUCUCUCCCUCUCUCUCUCUCUCUCGUGCGGUGCGAGCGAUGCGCUAAUUGGAGGAUCAAUUCGCACUUGGAUACACGGCAAACACUGGACCAAUUAGUUAAUUAGUCCGUUACCUUCGGACAUACAGCGCUAGUUGUAGCUGAUACAAUUGUACAAUCGGUACACACCGGCUCUCUAUCUCUCUCCUCGGCGAGCGAUUUAUCGCGACUCGAGUCUCGCCCGAGUAUCGAUCGUUCUCAUAUGUACGCGGAAUUCGCCAAAACUCGCGCGCAUUACCGGGGCCGCCUAUGAAAAUCCCCGCAUUAAAAAUCCCUCAUUAAACGUCCGUAUCGACGAGCGGCUCUCGCAGCUCGCGCGACACGGUUGUCACGAGACACAGCUCGUAAGAUCAAUAAAAGAUACCAAAUGCACGCA